ACAAAUCAUGCGGAUAUGUUCCUUGACUGUUUUAUGCGUGUGUUAAUCUUAUUUACAAAUUGAAAUCUAAGUCUACGCUUGAAACGUUAUACUUAUUUUAGUGAUGAUGUUUAAAUAACAAAAAUAAUUGAUACAUUAAAAAUAACUAUACGAAUCUAUUCUGUGUAAUUAACAAAAAAUAAAAUCAUUUAAUCAUGGCUGAUGCAGCUGCUCGGCAGCUUCAAUAUGAAUACAAAGCGGUUUGUAAAAAUAGGGUUUUAAUAUAGGUUAAACAUAAUUAAAGACUAUUAUUUAAAUCAAUGCUAUUAUUAUUAUUUUCAGAACUCAAAUCUUGUGUUACAAGCUGAUGUGCGUCUUAUUGAUCGACGAAACCGCGAUGAAGCCACCGGUGAAGUAUGCUCGUUAGUUGGAAAAUUAGAUGGAACCAAGAUGGGUGAUCGUUUUCAAAGAACUAAACCAGUAAAGGCAGAAGAAAGAAAAGCCAAGUUAGUUAUAAUUUUUAUUAAAUUGGUUGGAUAAUAUUAAGGUAUUUGUUUUUUUGUAUUGAUCAGGAGACAAAAGCGUGAUGAAGCUCAAUAUGAUUUUGCUCGUAUGAAAGGCACUACACUGUUAUCAGAGGGUGUUGAUGAUAUGGUUGGUAUAAUGUAUAGACCUAAAACUCAGGAAACCAGACAAACAUAUGAAGUAUUAUUAAGUUUCAUACAAGAAGCACUCGGUGAUCAGGUUUGAAUGUGUUUUUUUUACUUUAUAUUAAUUAAUAAACGCACAUAAAAUUAAUAAAUUAUAAUAUUUUAGCCAAGAGAUAUUCUUUGUGGUGCCGCUGAUGAAGUUCUAGCUGUAUUAAAAAAUGAUCGCCUUAAAGAUAAAGAAAAAAAAGUAGAUACUGAGAGUUUAUUAGGAUCAUUGGCUGAUGAACGUUUUGCACUUUUAGUAAAUUUAGGUAAAAAAAUAACUGAUUUUGGUACUGAUGAAAAGGGUGCAACUAAUACAGGUAACAAAUUUUUAUAUUAUUUGUAUGGAGAUGUUAUCAGUUUGUUAAUAUAACUUUUGUUUAGAGGAUAAUAUUGACGAAACAUACGGUAUCAAUGUUCAAUUUGAAGAAAGUGAAGAGGAAGAUGAUGAAGAUGUGUAUGGAGAAAUCCGCGAAGGUGAUGACCAAGAAGAUGAAGGGGAAGAAUCAAAAUUAGAUGAUACUAUCCAUGCAGAAAGUGUAAGAUAUUUUUCAUAAUUGUUUUAUAAUUGAAUUAAAAUGUUAUAGAAUUUUAAAUGGUUUUUAGUUGGAUAAACAAACUUCUGGUAAAAAACUUGUCGAACAAGCUAAAAAAGAAAAACAAUUGCAUGCAUUAGAUAUUGAUGCUUAUUGGCUUCAACGGAGUUUAUCUAAGUAUUAUAGUGAUGCUAUGGCAUCACAAGCUAAAGCUGCAGAAGUGUUAGCUGUAUUAAAAAAUGCUGGUGAUGAUCGUGAUUGUGAAAAUCAACUAGUCCUCUUACUUGGUUAUGAUUGUUUUGAUUUUAUUAAAGUACUGAAAAAAAAUCGACUUAUGAGUAAGAUAAUUUUAAUAACAGUUUCAAAUUAAUAUUUCGUACUUAAUAUUUUAUCAAUUAUUUUAGUUCUGUAUUGUACAUUAUUGGCAUCUUCACAAAGUGAAUCAGAACGUGUAGCUUUGCGUAAAAAAAUGGAAUCUGAUCCAUUUUUAGCUAGAAUUUUACGUCAAAUGGAUACUAAAGAAGUUGAUGACAUCAGAGAAAGUAGUGCAAGUGCUGCUAAUAAGAAGAGACGAGCUGCAGAUGAUGAUGAUGAUGAUUUGAAUUCUGGAGAUCUCAAACAACAAGUUGCUGGUACAAGACAAGUUUUAGAUUUGGAAGACUUGAUAUUUAAUCAGGGAUCUCAUUUUAUGUCUAAUAAGAAAUGUAAUCUUCCUGAUGGAUCUUUUAGGAAACAACGGAAAGGUAUUUAAUGAAUAUAUUAUUUUAUUAAAUGAUAUUAUAUUUAACAUACAUGUUAAGGUUAUGAAGAAGUGCAUGUCCCUGCGUUAAAACCAAAACCAUAUAAUCAAGACGAGUCAUUAGUACCCAUUGAUAAGUUACCAAAGUAUGUACAACCUGCAUUUGAAGAUUUUAAAACUCUUAACAGAAUACAAUCAAGGCUUCAAAAAUGUACAUUAGAAUCUGAUGAAAAUUUGCUACUUUGUGCUCCUACAGUAAUUAUUUAUUUAUUGGACAUAUAUUUUAAAAAUAAAAUUAUAAAUGUAAAUUCAAUUUAAAUUCUUUGUAGGGUGCUGGUAAAACAAAUGUUGCACUUUUAUGUAUGUUGAGAGAGAUUGGAAAGCACAUUAAUAGUGAUGGUACCAUAAAUGCUGAUGAGUUUAAAAUUAUUUAUAUAGCUCCCAUGAGAUCAUUAGUACAAGAAAUGGUUGGAAGUUUUGGAAAGGUUAAAAACAAAAACAGUUUUACUCAUUUUUUUAGUUAUUAUUUUUUAAAAAUUAAUUUUAUAACAUUUAUUUCCAGAGACUAAGUAGCUAUAAUUUAACUGUAUCAGAAUUGACUGGUGAUCAUCAACUAACACGUGAACAGAUACAAGCUACACAGAUUAUAGUGUGUACACCAGAAAAAUGGGAUAUUAUAACUAGGAAAGGUGGUGAAAAAACUUUUGUAUCACUUGUUCGACUUAUUAUUAUUGUAAGUUUUAAUGUACAUUAUGUAUGACUUAGUAUUUUUUAUUUCCUUAUUAUUUGUAUUUUAGGAUGAAAUACAUUUAUUACAUGAUGAACGUGGGCCUGUCCUUGAAGCUUUAGUUGCUAGAACAAUUCGAAAUAUAGAAACAAUACAAGAAGAAGUUCGUUUAGUUGGACUUAGUGCUACAUUGCCAAACUAUCAGGAUGUUGCUACACUUCUCAGGGUCAAUCCUAAAAGUGUAUGUGAAUUUGAAAAACAAAAAUAUUCAUACGGUUAGAUAUUUAUUAUUAAUUUCAAAUAUUUACGAUUUUAGGGUCUUUUUUAUUUUGACAACUCGUUUAGACCAGUCCCACUAGAACAACAGUACAUUGGUAUUACUGAAAAAAAAGCUGUUAAACGUUUUCAAGUUAUGAAUGAAAUUGUUUAUGAGAAAAUUAUGGAACAUGCAGGGCGCAACCAAAUUUUAGUAUUUGUUCAUUCGAGAAAAGAAACAGGUAAUUUUUGUUUAUACAUCUAGUAUUUAAUAAAUGUUAUUGAUGUAUUUAUAAUAACCCAGGUAAAACUGCAAGAGCUAUAAGGGAUAUGUGCCUUGAAAAAGAUACUCUAGGACAUUUUUUGCGUGAAGGAUCUGCAUCUAUGGAAGUUUUACGUACAGAAGCUGAACAAGUCAAAGUGAAUAUUUAAAUGGCAGUGGUAUAUUAUUUUUUUCUUUUUGGAACUAAUUAUUUAUAAUAUAUGCUCUAGAAUCAAGAACUUAGAGAUUUACUACCUUAUGGGUUUGCUAUCCAUCAUGCUGGUAUGACUCGCGUUGAUAGGACUUUAGUUGAAGAUUUAUUUGCUGAUCGUCACAUUCAAGUUUUAGUGUCUACAGCUACCCUAGCUUGGGGUGUAAAUUUACCUGCACAUACUGUAAUUAUUAAAGGUACUCAAGUUUAUAGUCCAGAAAAAGGUCGUUGGGUAGAGCUUGGUGCAUUAGAUGUUUUACAGGUAAACUAUUCUGAUGAUUCUCUAAGUUCACUAGUUUUAUUUUUCAUAAAUUGUUCAGAUGUUGGGUCGAGCUGGACGUCCUCAGUAUGAUACAAAAGGUGAAGGUAUACUUAUUACAAAUCAUAGUGAACUACAAUAUUAUUUGUCUUUAUUGAAUCAACAGCUUCCAAUUGAAUCACAACUAGUUUCAAAACUUCCUGAUAUGUUAAAUGCAGAAAUUGUACUUGGUUAGUAUUUUAAAGCUAUUUAGAAUUAAAAUAAAUAUUUUCAGCUUACAAUUAUUGUUUUUAUUAGGUACCAUACAAAGUGUUAAAGAAGCUGUAACAUGGUUGGGUUAUACUUACUUGUAUAUUCGCAUGUUACGUUCCCCUGCUUUGUACACAAUUACUCAGGAAAAACUAGAAACAGAUCCUUUAUUAGAAAUACACCGAGCUGAUAUUAUUCAUACUGCUGCUAUUCAGCUAGAGAGAAGCAAUCUCAUUAAAUAUGAUAGAAAGUCUGGUUAUUUUCAGGUAUCCAACUUUAUUUAUAUUAUUUUCCAUACUAAAUAAUAAUAGUUUACAGACCUAUAUAUUGUAUAAACAAUUAUUAUUACAGGUAACUGAACUUGGGCGUAUAUCUAGUCAUUACUAUUGUACUCAUGACACAAUGGCUACAUACAAUCAGUUAUUGAAACCAACUUUGAGCGAAAUUGAAUUAUUUAGAGUAUUUUCAUUAUCCGGAGAAUUUCGUCAUAUAGGUGUAAGAGAUGAGGAAAAAUUGGAACUACAAAAAUUAAUGGAAAGAGUACCAAUUCCUAUUAAAGAAGGGAUAGAAGAACCUAGUGCCAAGGUAAAAAUGUUUAAUUAUAAACAUUUAUUUUAAUUUGUUUGCGUUAUUUAUAAUAAUUUUCAUAUUAGAUAAAUAUAUUACUACAAGCAUACAUAUCUCAGUUGAAACUUGAAGGAUUUGCUUUAAUGUCUGACAUGGUAUUUGUUACUCAAUCUGCUGCUCGUUUGAUGCGUGCUAUUUUUGAAAUCGUAUUACAUCGUGGUUGGGCACAGUUAGCUGAUAAAGCCAUUAGUCUUUGUAAAAUGAUUGACCGGCGUAUGUGGCAAAGUAUGUCCCCUUUAAGACAAUUUAGAAAAAUGCCUGAAGAGAUAGUAAGAAAAAUUGAAAAAAAGAAUUUUCCUUGGGAAAGAUUAUAUGAUCUUGGGCCAAGUGAAAUUGGUGAAUUAAUUCGUGUUCCUAAACUUGGAAAAACUAUUCAUAGAUAUGUUCAUCAAUUUCCAAAAUUAGAAUUGUCUACACACAUACAGCCUGUCACUAGGUAAUUAUAUAUGAUUUAAUUUACGUUAAAUAAAUUAUUUAAAUUUUGUUAUUUUGUUUUUAGAUCUACACUAAGAGUUGAAUUGACAAUUACUCCAGACUUUCAGUGGGAUGAAAAAUUGCAUGGAAAUUCUGAAGCAUUUUGGGUAUUAGUUGAAGAUGUAGAUUCUGAAGUUAUUCUUCAUCAUGAAUUCUUUUUAUUGAAAGCUAAAUAUGCUACUGAUGAGCAUAUGCUUAAAUUUUUUGUACCUGUAUUUGAACCCUUACCUCCUCAAUAUUUUUUGAGGUAAAACAAAUAUUAACUUAGUAAUUCUGUAAAUAUAUUCUUAAUUAAAUUAAUCAUUGUACUAUUUUUACUACAGAAUUGUUUCUGAUCGUUGGAUUGGUUCAGAAACUCAAUUGCCUGUUUCAUUUAGACAUUUACUAUUGCCAGAAAAAAAUAUACCACCUACUGAACUUUUGGAUUUACAGCCACUUCCUGUAAAUGGUUUUUAUUUUUAAUAUAAAUAAUAAGUAUAUUUUUUAUUUCAUUUUUUUGUUUUUAAUUCUAGGUAUCUGCUCUUCGUAAUAAAGUAUUUGAAACACUUUAUGCAGAAAGAUUUCAUCAGUUUAAUCCUAUUCAAACUCAAGUAUUUAAUGCUGUGUAUAAUAGCGACGAAAAUGUAUUUAUUGGUGCUCCAACUGGGUCAGGAAAAACAACUAUUGCUGAGUUUGCACUUUAUCGUCUUUUAAGUCAAAAUCCAGAUCAUCGCUGUGUUUAUUUAGUGGCUAAAGAAUCUCAAGCCGAACUUAUUUAUUCAAGUUGGCAUGUUAUAUUUGGUGUUGGCCUUGCCCGAAAAGUAGUACUAUUGACUGGAGAAAUUGGGACUGAUUUAAAGGUUUAUACAUUUUUUUUUAUUGUUUAAAUUAGUUAUUUUUAAAAAUAUUAAAAAAAUUGUAAACUUUUGUUUUAGUUAUUAGCUAAAGGACAAAUAAUAGUAACAACUGCAGAGAAGUGGGAUGUAUUAUCACGAAGAUGGAAACAAAGGAAAAAUGUGCAAAAUAUUAAUCUUUUUAUUGUUGAUGAACUUCAGGUAAUAUUCAUUUAUAAAAUAAAUAAUUUAGUAUUUCAUUUAAUUUUUAUAUAUAUAUUUUAGUUAAUUGGAGGUGAAGAUGGACCAGUUUUGGAAAUAGUUUGUUCUAGAAUGCGGUACAUUGCCUCACAAACUGAAAAACAAAUGCGUGUAGUUGCUCUUUCAGCUCCAUUAGCUGAUGCCAAAGAUUUGGCAUUGUGGUUAGGUGCUCCAGCUACUACCACUUUUAAUUUUCAUCCCAGUGUUAGACCUGUUCCAUUAGAACUUCACGUGCAAGUAAUAUAUUUUGUUAAAUUCAAACUAUAAAUAUAGUAAAAUUGUACUGGUAUAGUUGAUACUAAUAGGAUAUUUACUUUUUAAAGACCAAUUUAACAGUAAGUAAGAAUAUAAGACAAACCAUGUGAUGAUGGUACAUAAAUAGUAUAACUAACUGGGAUUAUAAGAUGUGUCAAACUAGGUCCCGCUUUCGCUAAGGGGGCCUUAAGUAAUACAAUGUUUUUCUUUUAAAAGUACACUAUUAAACUAUUAAUUUUACAAACAAUUAAUUAUAAAUUUUAAUAAUUCAAAAUUAUUAUAUUUUAUUUUUAUUAUAUUAUGUUGUAGUCCAUAUGAGUAUGAAUCUUAAAGUGUGAAUAUUAUGUUAUUAACAUAAUGUUCAUAAGUAUGGUAUCUGUCCUAUAAUAUUGAAAAUUCUAGCAUAUUUUAUUAAUAAUAAAAUGUGUAUUUAAUAAAACAUACAACAAUAUUAAAAAAAAAAAAAAAAUGUUUGACAUAACUUCAGUAAGGGGAAACACUUCUCUCAGAAUUCCCUAUACAGUAGAAUCUGCUUAAUGAGACAUAUCGGUCGGUAACUAUGCCAAUUUGUCCCCAUUAAGCUGUUUUCCUCAUUAUGCAGUGUCCCCUUUAAGUGGAUUCUACUGUAUAUGACUGUAUGGAAGAGUGGGGGUGUUGAAAAUUUACUUCUAGUCCAAAAUUUUGCAGCUAUACCACUGGUGUACAUCAAGUGUGUUAUAAACUAGGAUCAAAAUUAAAAUUACGCAGGGGUAUAUGUUUAAAGAAAUAGAAGAUUAAAAUUGUAUUUAAACUAAUAUGUUAUAUUUGCUGAAAUUAAUGUUAAAAUGUUUAAAAAAAAAAUGUACCAAUAUUGUCCAUUUGUCAAUUGUACCUUGUAUAUCAAAUUUAUGGUAAACAAUUUGUAAUAAUAUAAUGAACACCCGCACAAUUUGGAGCCCUUGUUUUAUCAAUUUUGUCAAAUAGAUAAAAAUGUUACAAGUUUUUUUUUAAAAUUUAUUCUCAAAUAGAGAACAAUUAAUAUUUAGGUAAAAGUAUUGUUUGUAUCGAAAUAAUUAUUAAAAUUUGUGUAACUUUUUUUUAAAUUGCGUUACUUUCAGAGUUGAGACUAUAUAGAGAUCUUUGUUUUAGGGUUAUAAUGUCACUCAUAAUGCUACCAGAUUAGUAGCAAUGGGUAAACCAACAUAUAAUGCUAUAUUAAAAUAUAGUUUAGAGAAACCAGUAAUUAUAUUUGUACCUUCGAGGAAACAGGCUCGACUUACUGCUAUUGAUUUAUUAACAUACACUGCUGCUGAUAAUCAGCCUAAUCGUUUUAUACAUGCUGAGGAAGAUGAUAUCAAGCCGUUUUUGGAGAAAAUUUCUGAUAAGGUAAUUUUAUGAAAAUGUCAAAAGUAUUUAACUAAUUUAAAAUGUGUUAAUAUAAUAUUGGUUUACAGACAUUGAAAGAAACUCUUCUACAAGGAGUAGCCUAUUUACAUGAAGGCGUUAGUGCUCAAGAUCAGCGAUGGGUUCAAAAAUUAUUUUUCACAGGAGCUAUACAAGUAGUUGUUGUUACGAGAAGUCUUUGUUGGGCUUUGAGUAUUACAUCUCAUUUAGUUAUUAUUAUGGAUACUCAGUUUUAUGAUGGAAAAACACAUACGUUAGUAUUAUUUUUUGGAAACAUGUAUUAUUUUAAAUUUAUAAUUGGUUUUUACUUAUUAGCUAUGAAGAUUAUCCUAUUACUGAUGUUAUUCAAAUGGUAGGAAGGGCUAAUAGACCAUUAGAUGACGAUGAUGCAAAAUGUGUUUUAAUGUGUCAAUCAUCUAAAAAAGAUUUCUUUAAGAAAUUCUUAAACGAACCAUUACCAGUAGAAGUAAUUUUGUAUUUAAUACAUAUCUAUAUUAUAUUUUGAUAAAUAUACUUAAUUUUAAUAUUUAUUUUUAGAGUCAUUUGGAUCAUCGGUUACAUGAUCACUUCAAUGCUGAAAUUGUAACCAAAACCAUAGAAAAUAAACAGGAUGCAGUUGAUUACAUGACUUGGACAUUCCUUUAUAGGAGACUUACUCAAAACGCUAAUUAUUAUAAUUUACAGGGCGUUUCUCAUAGGCAUUUGUCAGAUUAUUUAUCUGAACUUGUUGAGGCCACAUUAAAUGACUUAAACCAAUCAAAGGUAUAUUAUUAUUAUUUUUAGAUUCUGAGAUUAGUGGGAUGAAUUGGUUUUACUAUGAUACGUGUGUGAUUUUUUUUCCUGUCUCUGAACAAGUUUCUUACUAGAAAUCUUUUUCCGAUUACUGAUGAGGUUAUUUUUUUGAUUUUGCUUAUAGUUUUCUAGACAAUUAAGAAAAAAUAAUAAAUGUAGAAAAUUACGCUUAGAAUUUUUUUGUCAUUUUAAAUUGUAUAUGUUUGUUUGAAUUUAGUUAACAAUUAUCAUAGAGACAUGUAAUCCUCACUAAAUAAUUAUUAAGAAUGCUUAGUUGGAUGAGUGGAUUGACAAGAGAAAAAAAGGAAUGUGUUCAUAUUAGGUAGCUUAUUUGUGGCUUUGAGGUAGACAAAAUGAUAGAAAAUAGACUUUGAUGAUCACAAGUAGAGAAGAAUCUGAAAGAGUAAGAAUUUUAAUGAAAAUAAAUGUAGAAGAGGUAGAGAAGAAAACUAAAAUGGAGAUGGUUGGAUAUGAUUGAGAAUGUUAUGAGGAUAGCCAAUGUAUGCGAGUGAGAGAUCAGGUCAAGUGGAAAUUAAGGACAAGGGUGGCUGACCCUAAAUAGUUUGUAGAAAGUCAGAGAGAAGAAAAAGAUUUAUAAUGAUGUUAUGAAUUUGAGUAUUAUUUUUUAACAAGAGGAAAAGUUAGAUAUUGAUAAUUAUUUAAAAAGUUUGUUUUAUUGUCUCAAAAAUACUGCUGCUGUAUACGUUUAUAUAAUUUGUACAUAAGCCUAUUAAGUGAUCUAUUUAAUUAUGUAUACUUAGGUAUUUUAAAAAGUAUUCACUUAUUUUGGAAUAUUUGUUCGGACAACUUAUGAAACCAGUACCUCUAUAAGGUUACAAUACUGUUAUUUUUUGUCAUUUUUAAUUUUGAGGAUGAAAUCAUUAUACAUUUUUGAUUUUAAAAAAUCAAUCUAUAUUAAAUAUGUUAUAAAUAGAUGACGUUUAAGUUAAAAUAAAUGUUGGUGUUUAAAUUUGUCUUUUUCUAUCAACCCAUUGACCGGAUAUUCUACUUUUAAGUUCAAGUAGGUGGAGCAUCAUUUGUGUUUCAGAGCAGCAUGUAGAAUUUGAAUAGUGCUCCGUUACUUGUGCCCUACCAAAACUUAUAAAAGUGGAAUAUGUUGUCAAUGGGUUGACGGAAAUAAACAAAUUUAAAUACAAAAAUGUAUUUAAACUAAAACUUUAUCUAUUUAAUUUAAUAAUUUUAAUAAAGGUUGCUUUUUGAAAAUCAAAAAUGGUUAGUGAUUCCUAAAAAUAAGAGUUAAAAAAAAAAAUAUAUUUUAGAACCACUUGUUUUAGUCGUGUUUAAGAUAUCACAAAAAAAAAUUCUGAAAAAAAAGUAAUUACUUUUCAAAUUAUCGAGUGUAGACACUUAAAUGGAUCACUUGGUAUAUAAAGAUGUAACUUUUAAUGUUAAACUAACUAAUUAAAUUAAAAACACAUUUUAUAUUUACUUAAUUAAAAUUAAUUUUUUUAGUGUAUUAGUAUCGAAGAUGAAAUUGACUGUAUUCCAUUAAAUUUGGGAAUGAUUGCUGCUUAUUACUAUAUUAACUAUACAACUAUUGGUAAUUAGAAAAAAAAUAUAUAUAUAAUAUUUGUUAUUAUUAGUUCAGUAUAUUUAAAUAUAUUUUUUAGAAUUAUUUUCUCUGUCGCUUAAUAACAAAACAAAAAUUCGAGGACUGUUAGAAAUAAUUAGCUCAGCUGCUGAGUACGAAAAAAUUCCUGUAAGGCAUCGUGAAGAUACUCUGCUUAAAAGUCUUGCCCAGCGUCUACCAAACAAAUUACAACCAGCUUCUGGUCAAACAUCUAUACGAUAUAAUGAUCCACAUGUUAAAGUUAAUUUGUUACUUCAAGCUCACUUAUCACGUUUACAACUUGGUGCAGAGUUACAAGGAGACACUGAACUCAUCUUGGCUAGAGUAAUGAACGUGUAUUAUUAUAAUAAUUAUAAUUAUUUUUAAUAAUACUUUUAUUAUUGAUUAUUAGGCGAUACGUUUAAUCCAAGCUUGUGUAGAUGUUUUAAGUUCUAAUGGUUGGUUAUCACCAGCUGUUGCUGCUAUGGAAUUGGCUCAAAUGAUUACUCAAGCAAUGUGGGCUAAAGAUUCAUAUCUAAAACAACUUCCUCACUUUACGUCAGAUAUUAUUAAGAGAUGUACAGAUAAGGUAGUUUUUAUUUUUUUAUUUUGAAGUAGUGUAGAUUAUUAAAUAGUAAUUAACUUGGUAUUAGGGUAUUGAAACUGUUUUUGAUAUCAUGGAACUGGAAGAUGAAGAUCGUAUUAAGUUACUACAGCUUGCUGAUAGUGAAAUGGCUGAUGUUGCAAGAUUUUGUAAUCGUUAUCCUAAUAUUGAAUUGAGUUAUGAAGUGGCUAACAAAAAUCGUAUAUCUGCUGGUUCUAGCGUAAAUGUCACUGUAAAUUUGGAAAGAGAAGAUGAAGUAGUGGGCCCAGUUAUUGCUCCCUUCUUCCCGCAGGUAGGCAUUAUGAUUUAAACAAAAAAGAAAAUUAAUAAUUUAAAAAUGACUGCUGCAAAUGUAAAUAUAACAUAUAACAUUUUCAUAUUUUAUUAUAUUUUAGAAACGUGAAGAAGGCUGGUGGUUGGUAAUAGGGGAUCCAAAAAAUAAUUCUUUACUGUCCAUCAAAAGAUUAACACUACAACAAAAAGCUAAAGUGAAAUUAGAUUUUGUAGCACCCAACCCAGGUGAAUUAUAAAUAUGUUAUUUGUAUUUUUUAAAUAAGCUAUAAUUUAAUUUACUUUUGUUUUAGGAAAUUACUCGUAUACAUUAUAUUUUAUGAGUGAUGCUUACAUGGGUUGUGAUCAGGAAUAUAAAAUGAACAUUGAUGUUGGUGAUUAUGAUUCUGCUGAAAGUGAGUCAGAUUAAACUUAAUAAAACAUAAUUUUAAUUAACUACUUUUAUUAUUCAUGUAUAUGUCAAUAAAUAUAAGAGAACAUACUUUUAAAAUUUGAAUUAUGUAUCACUGAAAAAAUCACUUGACAAGAAU